CAGGGGACGUCUCCUGUUCCGCGGAGUUUAGGGAAGCGGAUCCAGCGAGCACUUCCUGCCGUAGAGUUAGCCGCCGCUGGCCGCAGGAGGCAGAGCCGCUCCUGGGCGGCCAUCGAGCCAGGCGCAGCCGGGAUCAAGUGAGCGGAGCAACAUGAAGAAGCAAUUCAAUCGCAUGCGGCAGCUGGCCAACCAGACUGUGGGCAGGGCAGAGAAGACCGAGGUACUCAGCGAGGAUCUUCUGGUGAUAGAGAAAAGGCUGGAAACCAUCAGGGUCGUGUGCCACAACACCCAGAAGCGUCUGGCGGCCUGUCUGCAGGGUCAGAUUGGUACAGAUGCCGACAGGAGACAUAAGAAGCUGCCGCUGACCUCGCUGUCACAGUGCAUGCAGGAGGGAGGAAUCCAGCUUGGCGAGGAGUCUCUACUUGGGAAGGUGAUGGAAACCUGCAGCGAAGUGGAGAGCCGACUUGCCAUGGACCUGUCUGCCCAUGAGGUCCAGCUGGAGAGGGAAGUCCUGGAGCCCCUGAACCAGCUGGCAGAGGUGGAAAUUCCAAACAUUCAAAAGCAGAGGAAGCAGCUGGCCAAACUGGUUCUGGACUGGGACUCUGCCCGUACAAGGUGGAACCAGGCUGCGAGAUCAAUCAUUUCUGGUGCCAACUAUCUAGCCCAGACGGCCAAAGUAGACUCGCUUAAGGAGGAGGUGGAUGAAGCCUCCAACAAAGUGGAACUGUGCAAGGACCAGCUGGCUGCUGACAUGUACAACGUUUGCUCCAAGGAGGGUGACUACGCCCGCCAUUUUGUCAUGUUUCUAGAAGCUCAAGCAGACUACCACAGAAAGUCACUGGCUGAGUUGGAAAACCUCCUGCCAGUGGUGAGAGCCCAACAAGAGUCAUGGACAGAGCGGCCAGCAUUUGGGACGGCCCUGGAAGACCACCUGAAACGCAGCAACCGGGAGAUCGCGCUGCCCAUCGAAGCCUGCGUUAUGAUGCUGCUGGAGACGGGCAUGAAGGAGGAGGGUUUGUUCCGCAUAGCCGCUGGUGCCUCCAAGCUGAAGAAGCUGAAGGCUGCACUUGACUGUUCCACUUCCCAGCUGGAGGAGUUCUACUCAGACCCUCAUGCAGUAGCAGGCGCCCUCAAGUCCUACAUCAGAGAGCUGCCAGAGCCCCUGAUGACAUUCCAGCUAUAUGACGAGUGGAUCCAAGCAUCCAGUAUCACUGACCACGACAAGAAGAUGCAGGCCUUGUGGGUCACCUGUGACAAGCUACCAAAGGCCAAUAAGGCAAAUUUCAGGUACCUGAUUAAAUUUCUGUCCAAAUUGGCCAAAGACAGUGACAUCAACAAAAUGACUCCAAGCAACAUUGCGAUUGUUCUGGGACCAAACCUUCUGUGGGCCAAAAAUGAGGGGUCUCUUGCCGAGCUUGCAGCCUCCACAUCAGUGCAUGUGGUGUCCAUUAUCGAGUGCUUUGUGCAACACUCGGACUGGUUCUUCCCUGAAGACAUCGACUUCAACAUCUCUGGUGUUUUUGCCCCUGCUGUACCAGCUGUGCCAUCCAACCAUACCAACCAUGUGCCUCCACCAUCAAAUGAGGUGGAACCCAACCCAGCAGAGAAGAAGAGGCCUGUCAGUAUGGCACUUUCUGAGGGCAAGGAAAGCCUGGGUACCAAAGGAACCGACCUCAUGCCACGCAGAAGUGGGACCCUCACUAGAAAACACGUGUCUCCUGCCUUCCAGCCCCCAUUGCCCCCAGUUGAGGCUGAGCCACAACAGAAUCCGAAUCUGGCUCGGCCCAUGGGCACAGGUCUGGAGAGCAGCCCAGCGGGCUCGGAUUCUGCCGCAGAGCAGGCUCCCGAAGAGCCCUGUUCUGUGAAGCCAAAGGAAACUGCCGGGACUCCCCCACUUGUGCGAAACAGCGUAAGUGGGCUACCCACAGGAAACCAGCUGACCACAGGACCUUCACCCAGCAACCUUGGGCCGAGUCCACACAUGAUGCGGAGAGCCACCAAGAAGCCAGCACCAGCCCCUCCGAAACCUGCCCAGCUGGGUCCCCAGGCACCACCACCCACUGCAAACCACAAGCCGUCUUCCAGCCAUGGAUCUGGCCAUUCACCCCCCAACUUGCCUCUCACUCAGCCACGCAGACACUCGAGUAACCAACCGCCAAUCCAAGCUCCCAGCCACCCACCCCCGCAGCCUCCUGGCCAGACUCCAGGAGGGGCCGGUGAGAUGGGGACAGAUCCCUCACCCCCCCAGACUCCCACCCCUCCCGGCACCCCACCACUGGCCAAUCCCGCUGGCAUAAUCUCAUUCCCCCCUGGCUUUGGAGGUGACAGUCCUUCCCCCUCUGGUGCCCAAGCUAGAAUGCGUCCUGUGCCCAAACCCAGGAACCGGCCUAGUGUGCCACCACCCCCCCAGCCACCGUUCCCUGGCAAUGAUAACUCCAGCGCCGGCACUGGAUCCAGGCUUGUCACUGAUGUGUGACUGGCGGGCAGCGCAUGUGGCAGCGGAGAUUGGGCGGCACUGAUCUCCAUGCCACUGUUCCAGCUCCACCUGUGGCCUUCCUCACCUCCCUGGAUGCUGAGCGUGACACAGAGAGCACUGUACUGUGAAGAUACCCCACUCACCCUGCUGUAUACAGGUGGACUGCAUGGCCACCCGGGAAGCCCACUUGGACCGAUGUUCAGCUAUUCUGGGGCUGCCUGGGUGUGACGGUUCCAGCUAAAGACUGCUCUUCCAGAAUUCUGUUCUGCCAUCUGUGGUCGGCUCGUAAAGUGCCUUUUGUUUUCUCCUCCCCCUCGCAGGAACCCCCAUGUGCAACCCACCCUUGUUGGGUGAUCCUCCCUCAUGCCCAUGAGAGGUGGUCUUGUCCACUGGCCUCAUGGGCUCCACUACAUGUGUGUGGGAUUCAUCUAAGACGGGCGGAACAGCUGGGGGCUGGACUCCCUCAGCCAAUGACUGACUUGUAUUACCCUGACUGUGUGAGAUGGGGGGUACACACCAUCUCCCCCUGAACUCCCCCCCUGCCUGCCUUUUCUCUUCCGCAUUAAGUGUCUGUGGUGUUCAGCGUAAGGGGAUGGCGGAAGUGAAGAAGUGUGCACUGCUUACUGUUGGGAUGGGUGGGGUGUGCACAUGAAUGGGGUGGGUAGCCAUGUGCAUUGCUCUGUAUGCCCGGGGGGGGUUUCCCUGUGCUUUAUGUACGCUCUGCUGGCUUUGGACCCUAGAGCCGGUUACAGGUGGUGACAUGUUUUCACUUCUCUUUCUUAAUAAAAAAGCAAAAACUGUUCCGAAGACAAAA